AUGGCACCCACAGCGACACCAAGUGCUUCAGCCCAGCCAGCUGCCGGCAAUGCCAACGUGAUUGUGGUGUCCAACACUCAACACACCGUGCCGGUGGAUGAAACGUUCGAGACAGGCAUGCUCGAUGGCGAAAUUCUCUGCGGAGACGUCCAGGAGAUUGUCCACGGUCGGCUCAUGCAGCUCAUGGCCAAAUACGACACCAAGGUCAUUCUCCAGAUGCUGGUGGAGCUUCACAAGGCCGGUGCGAACGACGGUUUCGAGGUCCUCGCGACGAAAGGGCUCGAUGCUCGAGUCACAAAGGCUUUUAGGUGGGCAGCUAAGGGGUACGGCUAUGGCGAAUCUCAGGAGGAGGUUCACAAUUUCCGUGAGCAGGUGUUCAACCCUACCGCCCUCGCCAAUGGUCGCGCCGCAUCGCGCAACCACGCUGUGGAGAAGGCACAGGAUGUUGAGAUCGCGAAUGCUGCAGAUCUUCUGCUUGGACUAGUGGAGAGUGCUGAUAUUGACGAGACCGAGGGCACUGAGCAGUGA